AUGCGGGGAGUGGAGGGGACGCAGAAGGUUGCAGGAAUUUUCCCGUUUCAGUUGAGGUCAAAAAGAACAUUGCGGAGGCGGGUGCUAAUGAAGAACUUUAGGAUGUCCCGCCUGCUGUCCGCUUUGGGAACGUGGAGUCAGUCUGCAGCUGAUGAUAUUGAGCGCUUGGGCUGCGUGGUCUUUCUGAGCAGCGCCGUCGCUCAAGCGGUUGCUCGCCAGAUGAAGCACCUUCCCCGCAACGAGGGAGUAACGCGGGCCAGCGUGUUGGCGGACGGGCAUGCGGUGGGCCGCUUUCCAAGGCCCCGCUGCGUGGUCGGAUGCAUGGCAGGUGGAGAUAAUAGAAGGGUAAUAAUCCAGACUGAAGUUCAAGCUGGCGUUCUGUAUAUGCCCAACAAGUGA